CGAGGCCGGGAGCGCCGAGCCGGGAUGGACGGGGCGGGCGCGGAGGGAGAGGACAAGGAGCGGGCCGCCGGAGGGCUGGAGUGCCAGGAUGAGGAAGAGGACACGUUGCAGUGUAAGGAGCACUUUGUGGAGGAUGCUGAUGCUGUUGGUGGCCACGGCACAGGGAGCAGUGUGCUCUCUGCAUUCCAAAGCACAGCUACACAAGAAGAACCCAAGGAUACCUCAAGAACAGAAGACAGGAUUAGCCCUGUAAAGAAAGUGGAAGAAGAUGGAAGAGACAGCACCCUGCAGGCAGCUGGGUCAGCUUCCCAAGACUCCAUGAUCCUUGACAGCCAGCUGGAUUCUGCCUUGGUGUGUGGGCAGCCUUCCAAUUCCCGCAGUGACAUGAAGGCUGUGUCCCCACUUGCUGUAGUUGGAUUGGCACAGGAGCCCACAGGUCAGUCAGGGUCCCCUGAACACCGUGAGAGUCAUUGCCUUGAUGGGACUGAAAAGGAGGCAAAGAAGAAAAAAAGUACCAACAGAAGUGGAAUGUGCACCGAGGAAGCACCGAGUGGAAUCCCUGGAGCUCCCUGCAGGCAGGAUGAGGGUGGCCCAGCUACUUGCCAGUCAUCCAAAUGUGCUGCAGCCCAGCAAUCCUACAAGGUGUCUUCAGUCUUGGAAUCCAGAAGUAGCCAUGAUGCAACCAAGGAGGAGAAAAAAGGGGGAAAGGGGAAAAAAGCCUUACUUGAGAAUCCACACAUCCUACCACCGGCCAGGAAGAAGUCCCGCACCUCCUACAAUGCAGAGCAGCUAGAAGAGUUGGAGAAGGUGUUCCAUGAAGACCACUAUCCCGACAAUGAGAAGAGGAGGGAGAUUGCAGCUGUGAUUGGUGUGACACCCCAGCGAAUCCUGGUCUGGUUCCAGAAUCGCAGGGCAAAGUGGCGGAAAUCGGAGAGGCUGAAAGCGAAAGGCAACAGAAAACAUCCAACAUCGUCACCUCUGUCAGAUGAUUAUGGGGCACCUCCUCUGCCUGUGCCUCUGUUGCCUGACGUUGCUCGUGACCAAUCUGCCGUGCUGGGAGGAAACACUGCAGCUGGGAACUGCUCCAGCCUGCUCAGAGCACAGCCUGCACCACUCUCCUCUGCCUCAGCCUCCUCGGUGGCAGGACUGGUGGCAUCUUGUGAAGCAGUUCAGACGAAGGUGUCGCAGCAGCUCAGCUUCAGCUCCAGCAGCGUGGAGGGCUUCCCGAGCCUUCCCAGCCCCCCUCCCAUCCGCAGGGCCACCAACCUGGCCUUCAACCCCCACAGCCCUGUUGGUUCCCUGGGGCUGGGCACUCCCAGCAGUGAAUGCUGCUUGUCCAGUCAGGAAAAUGGCUCCAGGGAGGCCUUCACUUACAGCAUCCAGAAUCAAGGCUUGAGUUCACUACCCUCCUGCCCUUACCCUGAGCAGCUGGAGACUGCAGGGAACCUGGAGACCACGUACUGCCAGUACAGCAGCCAGGGGGGAAUUUACCAGCUGUCCCAAUAUUCCCAGCAGCACCAGCUCUCCCAGUUCUGCCAACUGCCAGAUCACCUGGCCACCAAUUUGCUCUCCAGUGACCACCUCCCUCCUCCAACACCUCCUGAGCUCCAUCCAGCUUUCCUGGCCUUACCUGGUAACACUGGAGCAGUAACCUAUGGAGCCACACAAGGCUAUGGACAAAACUACAUGGGGGGACAGCUCAUGCCACAGCACUCAAGUGGAAACUCAGACAUCACUGCCUAUCAGGCUGUCCUCUGGAGUGAUUUCUGCCUGCAGGGAGCUCAAUUCUCAAAUCAGCUGCACUCCCAAAUGCCAUUUUUUAGCACGGCAGAAGGACAGAACUUCACAGAGCCAUCUCUUCUCCAAGUGCCCAAUGGAACAGCACUGGGAUCCACGUCACAGGCUGGAAAGCAAAAGGGAGUGACACCAGACCAGAGCUCAAACCAGAGCCACCAAACAGAGCCAGAGUUGGCACCGCUUGCUGAAGGAGAGAGGAUGUAGAGUGGUGUAGCAAGAAAGGAGACACCACUGUUGGUAACUGAAAGGCCAGCUGAUUAUUUUUUUGGGGGGAAAAGGAAAGCAUUCCAAGACAGCAGUAGCUCCUCUGAAUGCAGGAUGAAAACUGUGGCAUGAAUGGGAGUGGAACUUCCUUUUUUCUGGUCUGCCAUCCGAGGCUGGUCCCGUUAUCCUGUACCUGGUCCUUACAUUCAGCUGCUCAUAGAAACGGGGACUUAGAAGUCAGUAAAAUAGAUGCCAAAGUUCUGUCCUCUC